GAUGUUCUUUUUCUCUCCCUAUGUUCCAGGGUCUUUAUGUCUUUGUUGUAUAUUUCAUCCUGCAUAAUCAACUUUGUUGUCCUGUGAAAGCAAGUUAUACUGUAGACAUGAACGGACAUAGCACUCCAGGAUCUGCUUUCUUCACUCACGGCAGUGGUUUGCCAGCUGCAGGGGGAGAAAUCAGCAAGUCUACUCAGAACCUCAUCAGUGCUAUGGAAGAGGUGCCAGCAGACUGGGAGAGAGCAUCUUUGCAGCCUGCGAAUCAAGCUAGUUCUGCCUUUAAGCAGAGUCCACAAAAUGGCAAUGUUUUCCACCCUUCAGGAGGAUUUAGUAACAGCUCCCUGGUUGCUGAUGAGGAAUCACAGGAGUUUGAUGACCUAAUAUUUGCAUUAAAGACUGGUGCUGGUCUCAGCGUCAGUGACAACGAAUCUUGCCAUGGCAGCCAGGACGGGGGCAGCAUGGCAAACUCGCAGAUUGUUGAGCUUAGAAGAAUCCCCAUAGCAGACACCCAUCUCUAACUCCACUGCUUGCUCGUUUUCCUUUGUUUCCUUUUUUUUUUAAAUUUCAGUUCAAGCCUAUGUACUUCUUUAUUUGUACUUCCCUUUUCAAGAAAACACUGUAUUAAACUCUGUAGUAAAAUGCUGUGAGCUGUACUGAGCGCUUAACAAAGAAUUGUUUGUUUGAGUUUUUGUAUUUCAGAAAAUAAACUGUAGGUUUUUUACAGUGAGCAUCAAUAGAUACAGUGUCAUUUGGCCUAGAUCUGUAUCGUGUAGUGAGAUGACAUAUUUCAUGAACUGUAGCUUUUUUUUAAUUAACCUGUAUGUGUAACACUGACUAAUAAAAGCAAUAGAGUCCAUUUGAUACAA